AUGCUCAUUAAUGUUCACUUGCUGACAUUCGGUCAGUUGGGACCGAAACAAUCUCUUGUUCGUCUCGAACACUACUUUGAAUUGAAUGAAGAUGCCACCUAUUCGCACCGAGUCACCUUCGAUCUUCAACUGUUAUUCAAGAGUCAAGGCACCAUUGGUGAGCUACUCGAACUGACACUCGAUGCUAAUUUGGCAUUAGCUGAUCUCAAACGACUCGAUUGGCUAACUGGUGAUAACGAAUCGUCCCAUGUGGAUAUGCCCAGUAAGCGAUACUUGACUCUCUUGCAAAAGAAAAAAACCUCGUUUCUCUUUCUUAGCACAAACAUCACUGAAAGAUACCAUGAUCACGCUCAAUCUGAUGCAGAUCCAAGCAUUCCGAGUGACACUUCAAUAGACAAACGAUUCCAAUUUGGAGAACAGUGUGAUAAACCGCUCUUGUUAUUAUUAUUUUUGAUCUCCGAUAUACCUGCGUUCAGUUUUUUCCCUUUUAUAUUACAUUAUACCAUAUUGUUUUUCCGAGCAAAUGAAAAAUAAAAAUGUACACAAUGCUUUGUCUGUUCGACAAAAAUCGGCAACAACAAUAAACAAACAAACAAACAAAAAUUAACAGUCAAACUUUUUGUUUUGAUUAAUGAUGAUCGAUAUUACGAAUGAAGAAGACAAGACCGAUACUCAAAUAGAUAAAUAGAGCAACGACAAAUGUUGCCAUUGACCAGGCGAAGGAACGACGGACAUGUAACCAUGCCUAUUCAAAGUAUCCGUGACGUUCGCAAUGUAGUGAUUUUGCUGCGUAGAAAACGGCCACGGCACCUGAAAAAUCGAGGCACAAUCAGAAUCUUGCCAAGAAACGCCCCGCUCAAAUGGAGAGUCUUCCGUCGUUCAUGUUUCAAUUGUCAGGUAUAGCUCGCAGCGAGAGAUUUUACACUUAUGUUGACAUCUCUGAUGCGAGUGCCCACUUACCAGUGACACAAAAGAGUAGCGAUGAGAUGAGUGCACAAGCGAGAUGACGUUUGAGAUGCGCUUUCUUGACAGUCGGCAACUGAAGAGAAGUGGUAAGUGAUACGUCUGAUCGAACGAAAUAAGUGUAUUUGAUCUUUGUAACUGUACAUCGAAAGAUCAAAUCUUACCAAGUGUACUGCAGCCUCUCACACCAGUUAACGACGGACCGGAGGCUGACCAACGGCAUGGCGAUAAUUUCUGAUGAGAAUGAAAUGAGCAGGCUUGCGAUGAGAAUAUGGCUGACGUUCACAGUAAUGGUAAUGGUCUCAAGUCCGAAGCCCUACAACACUGUUUUCAUCUCUAAAAUUAAAGUAGACGUUAGAUCGAAUUCUACUUCAUCUGCCAAUGAACUUUCUGUUAUCUUCAUGACAUCGAUUGAUAAAUGCCUCGAUUUUCCUGAAUCGUACGCUCUCGUAACUCGUUUAGUUAGGAAGCUUGCAAUAAAACACUCGACACAUCUCGAGGUGCUCAAUCCUACUGAUCGGUCUGAUUUGCACUAUCAUGUUACAGAACAUUCUAGCUUUCGACGUCUGUUAUCGAGAGAAAAUAUUGGGAUGUUGAUUCUCUUUUUUAAGAUCGAUAAGAAAUCAGGAUGUUGAAUAUUCAUGUCACGUUAUGAUUGAUAAUGAAGUCUUCUCACCGAUCCAUUGAACUCAGGACAAUGGAGAACUCUUCUUCCAAAAACGUCAUCAUCAGUGUUUGACCUGCAUGUAUUUCAAUCGCCAAUAAACCAGCUGAUGACGUUUUUCGAAAUUCCUCACUCUAAGCCGAGGCAGGAAUAAUCUAGCAUGCAACGGAACGAUUCUCAUCAAGGUAUAACCUA